AUGCGGCUUUCUUCAUCUGCUCUGGUUUUCCUGGUUGCUGGGGUAUAUAUGUCUUUAGAGUGUUUCCAUACUGAAAUCAUUGGAGGGAGAGAAGAAUAGCCACAUUCCAGGCCAUUUAUGGCUUCUAUCCAGUACCGCAGCGAGCAUAUUUGUGGAGGCGUCCUGAUCCAUCCGCAGUGGGUGCUGACAGCUGCCCACUGCUACUCUUGGUUUCCCAGAGGCCACUCUCCCAUAUUCUUCAAAGUAUUAGGAGCACAUUCUCUUUCAAAGAAUGAGCCCAUGAAACAGACAUUUGAGAUUAAAGAAUUCAUCCCAUUCUCGAGAUUUCAAUUUGGUUCUGCAUCACAUGACAUCAUGCUGAUAAGGCUUCACACUGCUGCAGAACUGAACAAGCAUGUCCAACUGUUUCACCUGGAAUCCAAAAACUCUAUUAGAGAUGGAACCAAAUGCCAGGUUACUGGCUGGGGAGCCACCAAGCCAGAUCUGUUAACCGCCUCUGAUAUUCGAGAAGUCACUGUUACCAUCAUAAGUAGAAAACAUUGCAACAGCCAAAGCUACUACAACCACAAACCUGUUAUAACCAAGGACAUGAUAUGUGCAGGAGAUGCCAGAGGCCAAAAGAAUUCCUGCAAGGGUGUCUCUGGUGGCCCUUUGAUCUGCAAAGGCGUCUUCUAUGCCUUAGUCUCUCAAGGCAUCACCAACAAGCCUGGAAUUUAUACCCUAUUGACUAAGAAAUAUCACACCUGGAUCAAAAUCAAGCUUGCCCCAUCGAGUGCACAUGGAGAUUACAAGUGGUUUUCCUGGAUCUGCCAGUCACUUGUUUUCUUUUUCCAGGAUGUGCUUGCAGACUGGCUUCCUCUCCAGAGGGAACUUUCGUUCAGUCGUCCAACCCGAAGUAUGUCUUUCAAUCAGCCCAAGCUGACUGCAACGGUUCACUGUGAGGAGGGAGAGAGCAGCAUGAUCGAUCUGUCCCACAGCAAAGGAUCCAGAUGUCCCCCAAAGAGCAGAAUUUCCCAGAACGCUGAGAUGCACUUCAGAAGACAUGUUAGCAUGCUUUUGUGGCGAGAGAAAGGGCCAACUCUGGGCAAGCCUCAGACAACAACACAGCCCCCAGAAGUAGCCCAGAUCAGGGAUGGUCGCACGGCCUUUGGUGGUAAUGUGGGUCAUGAACAUCGAAACAGACCCCUGCUACUGCAGGACAACAGACCCAGGCAAGAUCCUUCCAGUAACAGCAUGGGUCAGGAUAUCACCAUGGCCUCUCCCAUGUCUCCAUCUUUCUACUUGUGCAUCGUAGUGGGGUCCUACCAGCUUGUGGCAAACUUGGAGUCUGAGAAUAAAAUUGCUCUCUGGAAGUUACAUCUUCCAUUCCCUACAGCCUGGAUCAGAGUUAGCGAAGACAUUAUGAGGAGACGCCGUAUUCUGAAACCUGCUGGAACAUAUUCAAAGGUUGUUGAGUCUCAUGUGGAUAGAGAAGAACAAUCAUGGGUACCAGAUAAGAAGGAGCCCAGACUGACGACCACAGGUGUCACUCAGGGAGUGUGGACCUCCUGA